GGGGCGGGGCCGCGCAUGCGCCGGGAGAGGCGGUAGCGGCGGCGGCGGCAGCUGUGAGGGGGUUCCGGGAAGAUGGUGCUGAUUAAGGAAUUCCGUGUGGUUUUACCAUGUUCUGUGCAGGAGUAUCAGGUUGGACAGCUUUACUCUGUAGCAGAAGCUAGUAAGAAUGAGACUGGUGGUGGAGAAGGAAUCGAGGUCCUAAAGAAUGAGCCUUACGAGAAGGACGGAGAAAAAGGGCAGUACACACACAAAAUUUACCACCUGAAGAGCAAAGUUCCUGCGUUCGUGAGGAUGAUCGCUCCCGAAGGCUCCCUGGUGUUUCACGAGAAAGCCUGGAACGCGUACCCCUACUGCAGAACAAUUGUGACGAAUGAAUAUAUGAAAGAUGAUUUCUUCAUCAAAAUUGAAACGUGGCACAAGCCAGACUUGGGAACACUAGAAAACGUUCACGGUUUAGAUCCAAACACAUGGAAAACGGUUGAAAUUGUCCACAUAGACAUUGCGGAUCGGGGUCAAGUUGAGCCAGCGGACUACAAGGCUGAUGAAGACCCGGCCCUAUUCCAGUCAAUCAAGACCAAGAGAGGCCCUCUCGGACCCAACUGGAAGAAGGAGCUGGCAAACAACCCUGACUGUCCUCAGAUGUGUGCCUACAAGCUGGUGACCAUCAAGUUCAAGUGGUGGGGGCUGCAGGGCAAAGUGGAGAACUUCAUUCAGAAGCAAGAGAAAAGGAUAUUCACCAACUUUCAUCGCCAGCUUUUCUGCUGGAUUGACAAGUGGAUCGAUCUGACGAUGGAAGACAUUCGGAGAAUGGAGGACGAGACUCAGCGCGAACUAGAGACAAUGCGUAAGAAGGGUUCCGUUCGAGGCACGUCGGCUGCUGAUGUCUAGAUGAGUCCCCCGUAGGGUCAGAGACAAAAUCCAACUGUUUACGUAAUCAAGGUCAAGUGAGGGGAACAAGUGCAGCCAGUGAUGAGUGAAGAAGAAUCUGACCAGUGUUGACGUUCCCGAUGUGUGACAUCACACGCAUACCUCCCAGCGUGUGUGUGUAGCUGUGCAUACGAGGCGUGUGGAGCCGCAGAUCCAGACACACGUGUGUAUAUAUGUGUACAUACAGACCAUCCUGAAGGGAUUAGGACCGCUUCUCCAAAGUACUGUACCUAUCUUCAGCAAGAAUGCAAAAGAAAAUAUUUUCAAUAUAUAUACUGGAACAGAUUUUAGUAAUUAUCAGAGUAAUCCCAUUCACGGACAAACUGACUGCGCUGUGAUACGAGCUGGUGUGCGUCACGAGUGUCAAGUUGUGGACCAAUACAUAUAUACAGCCUUUGGUACUUCUCUGUUCUUUCCACUCAGUCUCUUAUACACUUUUGGUUUUGCCCAUAAGCAACAGACUCCCACAGAAAGCUUUCGUACAUUUUUUGGUGUUCCGGUGACUCUGAAAUGUAAACUCUGAAUGUAUUUAUAGCUAUUUAUUUCGGGAUGGUCACUAUCCUCCAGCCAAAUUUGAGGAUCUCUGCUAAGUCAAGGGUAGGGUCACAGGCCAGUUUUUCCUAGUUUGCCCCAAGGGAAGAGUCCUUUUAAAAAAAAAAAAAAAUUCCAGUUUUUAUUGGAUUUUUAUAUUUUAAAUUUCAAAUAUUUUUCUAUAUCAAACCUAGCAAAAAUUGAGACGAUGGUUUGUGAUUUAUAAUAAACACAUGGCAAUUUUCAGGCUCUUGUGAGGCAAACAAAGAAAUCAGUAAAUUAAUCAUAAUGGUAUCAUGGGUUAUGCAGCAAACCAGAAGUGUAGUGCUUCUGUGAAGUCUUGGUUCUCAGCAGACUUCUGGAGCUGUAGCGGGAGGCUGUGCACACGGCCCGCCUGGACCCCUCAUGGAUGGGAGAGGGAGGGGCAGUGGGAAGGUGGAGGCGUUUCUUCUUUCCCUGAGGUAGGAGCACUUCAAGAUGCAGCACCGUGUGGAGACCCUGCGAGGGGCCCCGGGCCCUCUGACCUCUGGGUGUCUCUGGUUGCACAUCAGAAACACACCCCGAAUGGGCGUCCUGGAGACAGACACUGGUCAGAAGUUGGUCACUGCCACCUUUUUUUUGUUUUUGUCUUUUUUAAGGAAUAAUAGGUAAGAUUUUUUUAUCCGCUUUCGCUAUCUCAAUGCAGUUUUUCUCCGGUCAGUCCUGGAAGCUUGAGUAAAUGGACACUGUUGAAGCCUUCAGGUCACAAAUUGUCUUGAACCUCUGUCCCUGCUGGAAUGCACCAACCUUUGAGGUCACCUCACGCUAGGCGUUGGGCCUGCCACAGGCCUUCCCUCCUUGUUCCUCACCUGCCCACGCGUCCUGUGUGUUCAUCCCUGCCCCGUCCCCACGAUGGCGUGAGUUGGGUGAUGUGCGUGACUACCGCUGCCUUGCAGUACCGUUACCCUCAGAGCCCCCUCCCUGGCUGCCCGCGUCUCCGCGUGCUCAGGAUCGAGGCUGUGUCACUCUGGGCGCUCUUGGGAGAUGGGCUUGCUUAGAGCCCAUCGCUGUCUGUGGAGUGUGAGUCUGCCCUCGCCUGGUAAUGAACCUGGCUGUCCCUCCAGGAGCCUGGGCACAUGGGAGGUGCCAGCCCGGCCUGUGACUUUGAUGCUUUCCUAACAGCUGUGGAGACUGGAGGUGCGCGGUGAAUGUAAAAUACCUGGUUUACUUGGCGGUCUCUCGUGUCAAUUACAGUAAAACGGAGUAAUGAAAUUUAAACAAGAAAUAAACUUGAUCACAAAGGCCACCGUGUGCUUACGUGCUUGCUUCCCUGGUGCCACGCCUGUCCCCAGCACCGCCAACCACUUCUCUGCUAGUUU